AUGAACGACGACGAGCGGACAACAAUAACGACGAAAAAUUCAAAACUGCUGUCCGCCUUUCUUCUUCUUCUCCUUCUUUUUUCUACCACCACAACAACAACUGCUACAGUAACCACUAUGAAUAUGAAUCUUGAAAAACAGAAAUUAUUGAAACAAUUUGGUUUGGAAGGUGUUCCUUUACAAUCUGGACCAAAUGUUGAUAUACCGAAACAUGUUUGGGAUCUUUAUCACGAUUCGGAUUAUGAAGCUGAUUGGGUUCGACAUUAUUAUCCUAGAGAUAUUAUGGAGACUCAUAAAGGUUUUAUGUUAUCAUAUAAUUUAUCGGUUGCUGCAAGAGCUGAGCAAGUGAUUCGAGCCGAAUUAAAACUUCGAUUACACCCGAAUUCCACUAAUGUAAAAGUUUAUUAUCUUGAUGACGUUGAGGUUAGUUGACUAUUCUUAUGGUUUCUUCUCAAUUCAUUUUAUUUUUUAGACCCUUCAACUCAUCGAAAAUCGCUCAUCAAUAUUAUCCGAAGAUCAUUGGGUUGACUUUGAUGUGACUGCUGCUGCGAUCAAUCACAACAAUACCAUCAGAUUUUACAUCGAAGGUGCUGAACUUGAUCAAAUUGCAAGCACUUCAACAAUCAGUCAACUACAAUAUGCAAAAGCGCAAAGUGCUCCACUUAUUGUAUUUUCGGAUGAAAAAUGGAGGAGGAGAAGAAGGAGAAGAAGUGCGGAUACACCCAACGAACGAAAAAAUCGAAAGAAGGUGAGAUCGAUUUUAUAGAUUUCUUGAUUCAUAAGAUAUUUAGGGCAAAAAACAUCAUGUUUACGAUCAAUCCACAUCAAACAAUCUGUGUCGAAAGACCGAACUUUAUGUGGAUUUUGACGAGUUGGGAUGGCAGGAUUGGAUUAUGGCGCCGAGUGAGUUUUUUUUGUUUGGAAAAAUGCAAACGGGAUGUUUUUUUUUCAGAAGGCUAUGAUGCUUUCCAGUGUCAAGGAUCGUGUCCCAGUGUGAUGCCGGCAAGUUUGAAUGCGUCGAACCAUGCGAUUAUUCAAGCCUUGUUGCAUUCAUUGAACCCCGAGGAGGUGAGAUUUAUAAGUUAUUAUUUUUGCUACUAUUUUUUUUUUUUAAUUUCAGGUCCCACCUCCUUGUUGUGUUCCAACAGAAACGAGUCCUCUUUCGAUACUCUACAUGGAUACAGAUAAUGUGUAAGUUCUUUUAAAACUUCAUUUUUCAUCCUUUCAACUCUUACCCCAACAAUUUUUUUCAGAAUAGUGAUAAAAGAAUAUGCCGAUAUGCGGGUUGAAUCGUGCGGGUGCCGAUGA